AUCUUGACUCUGCCUCCUUUCUCAGCUCUAAACGCGGCCGAGCAGCAGGAGAGAGUGGCAGUGAAUGUGUCCGAGGCGCAGUUUAGCUCUUUAGAAGAAGAAAAGAAAAAAAAAAAAAAAAAAACCUCUCCAACUACGGCAGAAGAAGAGAGGACCAAACCCCGGAGCAGAUCCUCACGACCUCCGCUCAUCCUGGACUAUGAUAACCCCCAAACAGAGGCUGGUAAUAACGGGACGUUGUAUUUGUUUGACGACAAGCGGCUUAUUGCACAUCUGUAGAGCUUAAUGAAGGCAUCCGCUAUUCUUUACGGGUUUUCCUCCGACGUUUAGCCACAACACUAUUUGUAAACGCGUCGCUUUUUAGACGUCCUUUGAAGAGAAAAAUAAAACACUCAUCGCGGGGGGAGCUAGCUUGUUGAGAAUUGUGCUAAAAAAAAAUCCUCCUCCCGUGGCCUUUGGAGGACAGUGAAGUCAUUUGAGAAGGAGAAGAAGAAGACACGUCCAGAUCAUCAUCCCUGAUAGUUUUACACAGUUCUGCGGAGGGAAAUAAACGGCGCUGGGUUUUCCAUCGGUUAGAUCCAGACUCCAUCGGCUUUCCAGACUCCAGAUCGUACAUGGUUUUGCUUUUCUGAACCGUCAUCUCCGACCCUUUUGUGGGCAUUUACCCCCCGACCCCCCUCCCCUCACUCUCUCUCUCUCUCUCACACACACACACACACACACACACACACCGUUAAAUUAAAGGAUGCCGGAUCAAAUAUCGGUGUCCGAGUUUCUCUCGGAGACCACAGAGGAUUACAAUUCCCCGACAACGUCCAGCUUCACCACCCGCAUGCAGAGCUGCAGGAACACAGUGAAUGUGCUGGAGGAGGCGCUGGACCAGGAUCGAACUUCUCUUCAGAAGGUCAAGAAAUCAGUGAAGGCAAUCUACAGUUCAGGUCAAGACCAUGUUCAGUAUGAAGAAAACUACGCCCAGGCUCUGGAUAAGUUUGGUAGCAACUUCAUCAGCAGGGACAACCCUGACCUGGGGACCCCUUUUGUCAAGUUCUCCUCCCUCACCAAGGAGCUGUCGGCCCUGCUGAAGAACCUGCUCCAGAGCCUCAGCCACAAUGUGAUCUUCACCCUGGACUCGCUGCUCAAGGGGGAUUUGAAAGGCGUGAAAGGGGACUUGAAGAAGCCCUUUGACAAAGCGUGGAAGGACUAUGAGGCCAAGUUUACAAAGAUAGAGAAGGAGAAGCGGGAGCACGCCAAGCAGCACGGGAUGAUCCGGACUGAAAUCACCGGAGCCGAAAUCGCUGAGGAGAUGGAGAAGGAGCGACGCUUGUUUCAGCUCCAGAUGUGCGAGUACUUGAUCAAAGUAAAUGAGAUCAAGACCAAGAAAGGAGUGGACCUCCUGCAAAACCUGAUUAAGUAUUACCACGCUCAGUGCAAUUUCUUCCAAGAUGGCUUGAAGACGGCGGAUAAGCUGAAGCAGUACAUCGAGAAGCUGGCAGCUGAUCUGUAUAAUAUAAAGCAAACUCAGGACGAGGAAAAGAAGCAGCUGACUGCUUUGCGAGAUUUAAUCAAGUCUUCCCUCCAGUUGGACCAGAAAGAGUCUAGAAGAGACUCCCAGAGUAAGCAGGGUGGCUACAGCAUGCACCAGCUGCAGGGAAACAAAGAGUUUGGCAGUGAGAAGAAAGGCUACCUGCUGAAGAAGAGUGACGGACUGAGGAAGGUGUGGCAAAGGAGGCAGUGCUCGGUGAAGGGAGGCAUCCUCACCAUCUCUCAUGCCACAUCCAACAGGCAGCCUGUCAAACUCAACCUGCUCACCUGCCAGGUGAAGCCAAGCUCUGAGGACAGGAAAUGCUUCGACCUGAUUUCCCAUAACCGGACAUAUCACUUCCAAGCUGAAGAUGAACAAGAGUUUGUCAUAUGGAUCUCCGUGCUAACCAACAGCAAGGAGGAGGCUUUAAACAUGGCUUUCCGAGGUGAGCAGAGCAGCGGCGGAGAGGACGGAUUAGAGGACUUGACUAAAGCCAUCAUAGAAGACGUGCUGCGCAUGCCAGGCAACGAGAUCUGCUGCGACUGUGGAGCUGCAGAACCAAAGUGGCUGUCCACCAACCUGGGGAUCCUCACCUGCAUCGAAUGCUCUGGCAUCCACCGAGAGAUGGGGGUCCACAUUUCCCGCAUCCAGUCCAUGGAGCUGGACAAGUUGGGCACCUCAGAACUGUUGCUGGCCAAGAAUGUAGGGAACAGUAGCUUCAAUGAGAUCAUGGAGGCAAACCUCACCUCCCCUUCACCCAAACCCAGCCCCUCAAGUGACAUGACGGUGAGGAAGGAGUUUAUCAACGCUAAGUAUGUGGACCACAAGUAUGCGAAGAAGACGUGCACGUCGGCGGCAGCCAAGUUGAUCGAGCUGUUUGAGGCCAUCCAGACCCGGGACCUGCUGGCUCUCAUUCAGGUCUACGCCGAGGGGGUGGAGCUGAUGGAGCCGCUGCCGGAGGCGGGACCGGAAGCCGGGGAGACAGCUCUGCACUACGCUGUUCGGACUGCCGACCAGACCUCGCUGCAUCUGGUGGACUUCCUUGUGCAGAACAGUGGUAACCUGGAUAAGCAGACAGAGUGGGGGAACACCGCCCUGCAUUACUGCUGCAUAUAUGAAAAGCCGGAGUGCCUCAAGUUACUCCUGAGAGGCAAGCCGGCCACUGACAUCGCCAAUCAGAACGGAGAGACGGCCCUGGAUGUUGCCAGGCAACUGAGGAACAGUCAGUGCGAGGAGGCACUUGUUCAGGCUGCAGAGGGGAAGUUCAACCCUCACAUCCACGUGGAGUACGAGUGGAGCCUCAGACUGGAGGAGAUGGAUGAGAGCGACGACGACCUGGAUGAUAAGCCCAGUCCCAUCAAGAAGGACCGCUCUCCGAGGCCUCAGAGCUUCUGCCACUCCUCCAGCCUGUCCCCCCACGACAAGCUCUCCCUACCGGGCUUCAUCACCCAGAGGGACAAGCAGCAGCGGCUCUCCUACAGCGCCUUCACCAACCAGAUGUACAGCGCCUCCACCGACCUCAGCUCCUCCCCCGUGGCCGACGGGCCGCCGCUGCCGCCCAGGAACCAGGGCAAAGCUCCUCCCCCAUCCGGUCCUCCCUCCACAUUCACACCAGGAGGCAGCUCUACCCUGUCCAAGAAGAGACCUCCGCCCCCACCUCCUGGACACAAACGCACCCUGUCCGACCCACCCAGCCCGCUCUCUCACAGUAGAGGGGGCACAGUAACCGGGGGAAGCGACUCCACCCCUCCUCCGGUCAGCAAGAUGUCCCCCGUGUCCAACAAGUUUGAAGGCAUUCCUCAGCAGCAAAGCACUACUUCAAGCAACACAAAGUCUACACUUGGUCCAAGGGUUCUUCCCAAACUACCUCAGAAAGUGGCAUUGCGAAAGAUUGACACCAUCCACCAUCCAUCUGUGGACAAGCCCAGCCUUCCUCCAGAGGUCUUCCAGAGGUCUCCGCCACCAACUGAAACCACACACAAGGCGCUGCUGGCAGACAGGCCUCAUCUCGGCGACCUGCCCCCCAAACCGCAAGUGUCUGAUCUGCCCCCGAAACCAGGAGAACUUCCUCCAAAGCCGCAGCUCUCCGAUCUCCCUCCUAAGCCUCAGCUGGGAGACCUGCCGCCCAAACCCCAGCUCAAAGACCUGCCCCCCAAGCCUCACCUGGCAGACAUUCCCCCCAAACCGGGGACGUCCGAGUCUGCUCCCAGGCCCCCUCCUGGAGAGUCAACACAGAGGCCACAAACGCAGCCUCCCCCUCCGCCUCAAACCCAGCCACAGCCUCAAGACUCACCGUCACCGAACCAACAGUCAACUAUACCAACUCCAUCAAAGCAAGCUGCUGAGGACACUAAUGGGACGCCUCCGGGGACCGCAGAGACUCCUGUUCCCCUGCCAAGAAAAAUCAAUACAGGUAAGAAUAAAACUCGACGAGUGAAGACAAUCUACGACUGCCAGGCCGACAACGAUGACGAGCUGACGUUCGUUGAAGGAGAGGUGAUCAUAGUUACAGGAGAAGAGGACCAGGAGUGGUGGAUCGGACACAUUGAAGGAGAUCCUGAAAGAAAAGGCGUGUUUCCCAUGUCUUUUGUGCACAUCCUGAGUGACUGACAGCCAGACUUGCACUACGUCUCCCUGCAAACUGGGAUUUAAUGUAAAUACCUUAUCACAUAGUUAAAAAAACCCCGGCACAUGGCAGGCGUCCUGAAGAGAAUAUAGAAAUAAAAAUAAUGAAGAAAACCAAGAAGGCUCAUCUAGACCUGGUUGCCACAUCCACGCUGUACAAAGAAUGUGUGUAUUCCUCUUCUACCAGUAUUAUCUUGACUCCUAUAAGCAUGGCCGAGACAGAGCCACUCUUAAAACAAGCCCUAGCACUUACCUAGAAGUCUAUGUUUAUGCUGUUCCUGUGUAUAUACGUAUGUAAAUAUAUAUAUUUGUGUGUGAGUGUACAUACAUGUUUUAUUGUACAAAACAUGUACCACUGCUCUCUGCCUGUUGGAGUAAGCGUCAGGUUGGUAGAGGGUGAAUUUUAUCUGUAUUAAUUUCACCGGCCCUCGAGUAAUUAUCAGCUUAUAUUCCUGGGGGAGGGGGGUAGAUAUGAAAUUGAAUGUGAAAUAGGUCAUGUCAUUAUUUGUCUUGCAUCCCUGUUUACCACCAUAGUUGACUGAAGAGGCGGGAGUCUCCCGCUAAUCCUCCCCGGGACGGGGAAAAGUAUUCUCAUUAAGUGUACUUCUUGUUCUUGCUUGCUUUGUUUUUGUGUGUUACACGUAUUAUGGUUGUUUUACCGUACAGAAACCUGCUGCUACCGUGUGGUGGAGAAAAAAAAAGUUCAAAACCUGUGGUUCACUGUAGGUCACUAAUUUACUCCUUGUUACACUGUCCACCCGUACGUACGCUCUGUGUGUGGAAACCCGACGCCAUCUCAACUUUUCCUCCGCGCUUGGUGUUGACUGGAAACGAGUGGAGUGCAGCGUUCAGACACUCACCUCAGGGUUUGAAGAGCCACUAUUGAAACCUAGCAGGACUACAGAGAAAAGGGUAUAUCCUAUUUAAAGCCACUAUCGACCACAUGUACGGGAAUCUCAACAGGACAUCUUAGCAAUAACUUGAUUUUUUUCCACAGGCUAGAAGCUUCAGAACCUGUGUUCACAUUUCAGUGUCUUGUAAAAUCUCAUGAGCUUGAACUUUAAGUUAGAAACGUGCAUCGUUCCUUGUUACUGGAUUCAGUACAUUUCCAGGUUGCCUGUGAACCAGAAAUGUCUUUUAGAUGAAAGUUGGAGACUUUCUAUGUAUUUUCACCCAGUCCUCACAGACUUGCAGUUAUGUGAAGGAACAAACCCAUCAACCCAUUGUAUCAUUAAAAGUGCUGUACUGAAA